GCAAUAGGACUGCACAGCUUUGUAUUCUCACAGCUGAUUUUGCAUCAUAGCAAACGGCGAGAAGACUGGGAGCGAUCAAUCUUCGUGCGAUUAAAAGAGGGAGGCUACAGGCUGCGGGAGAACAUCCUGUUCCAUCUGUACGUGAGCACUUCACCCUGCGGAGACGCGCGCCUCAACUCCCCCUACGAAAUCACAACCGACUUGAACAGCAGCAAGCACAUAGUGAGAAAAUACCGUGGGCACCUCCGAACAAAGAUUGAAUCUGGAGAAGGAACCAUACCUGUCCGGUGUCAUAACGCAGCUCAGACGUGGGACGGCGUGUUGCUGGGGGAGCAGCUCAUCACCAUGUCCUGCACAGACAAAAUCGCCAGAUGGAACAUCCUUGGGCUCCAAGGUGCUCUCCUCAGCUCCUUCAUCGAACCCAUGUACUUGCACAGCAUCAUUGUGGGAAGCCUCUAUCACACUGGUCACCUUUCCCGGGUAAUGAGCCAUAGAAUAGAAGACAUUGGUCAGCUGCCAGCUUCAUACCGGUGCAAUCAGCUGCUUCUCAGUGGGGUUAGCCAUGCUGAUGCUCGGCAGCCUGGAAAAUCUCCCAGCUUCAGUGUGAACUGGAUUGUGGGGAACACCGACCUGGAGGUUAUCAAUGCCACGACAGGGAAGAGAACCUGCGGGAGUCCCUCACGGCUCUGCAAGCACAUGUUAUUCACUCGGUGGGCAAAGCUUCAUGGCAAGCUGAGCACACGAAUACCAAGCCAUGGAGACAUGCCAUCAGUGUACAGCGAGGCAAAGCUGGUGGCUCAGACGUACCAGUCUGUCAAGCAGCAGCUGUUUAAAGCGUUUCAGAAAGCCGGUCUGGGCACCUGGGUGAAGAAACCCCCGGAGCAAGAUCAGUUCCUACUAACUGUAUAA